CAGUCAUCGAACGAAUUGAUGAGCGGGAUACCGGCCACACCCUCACAACCCACCCACAGCACUGAUCAUUCCAUCCGUCCACCAUUGUCAUGAAGAUGUCAUUCAUAUAUGUCUGUGUACCACUAAUGCCUGUCUCUGUGUGUGCACGCAAAUUGCGUUCUCCGUCCCAUCGUCAACACACACGCUAUGCCCCCCUUUGUCCUGCCUCGUUCUCCUCUCUCCCAUCAAUCGCACUUGGCCAGACAGACAGGCAGCAGCACCCAGCUGUAGAUCUCUCAGAUUGAAGAGAGGAAACUUUCUCACCGCCAGCCACCACUUAGACAAAUGCCGACAGCACACGCAGGCCUUCCAUUCCCCCUGUUAGUCCCUCCCUACUACCUCCCCAGUUCGGUGUCCUUGUCUGUCUCAGCCUCCAUGAUCAUCUCGUAAGGCGCAUACCCCGGCUGCACGCCGGGCAGCUUGUAAUACUUGAAGUGGUCGACGUACAUGACCUCGGGCUCCCCGCCGGGGGGCAGCGUCACUUCCUCGGCCGUCGUGUCGGUCACCUGGCUCGUCAGAAAGGUGUACUGCCUUCGCAGCUCAUUGGCACUGAACUUGCUGCUCAGGUCAAACUUGCGCACUGGGAAGCCGUCGAGAUAGAAGAAGGCCUGCAGACACGCACACGGACACGGACACACACACAGACGAUUGCUGUCAUAUAAGAGCUCGUUCUUGGCUGCAGCCAGCAGCGGACCACUUGAGGCGUGUAGAGCAUGCCGUAGGUGUGCCAGUCGGCGGGGUUGAAUUCCUCUGCCUCCCUCAUCAUUGUACUGUUCAUGCCGGGCACCAUCUGCUCGGGGUCGCCCUCCCACUGUGCCUUCUUCUCGACCUCCUCCUGCGUGAAGGACCUCGACAGCCGCAUGACCUCGUAGGACAGACAAGAGUCGUAGUCGCGGGGCUGCUGCAGCUCGAGGCGGCUCUUGCCCACGAUCUCAUAGGGCCUCGGGCUCCAUCUGCAGGCAGGCAGGCAGUCAGUCAAUCGAUGGACGGAUGCAUGGGCAAACGAACGAACGACACCACACACGUGUGCCGCCACCGCACCUCCAGAUGGUAAUCUCGAUGUACUCGUGGCCGCCUAUGUACUCCACGAUGUCAUGCUCCUGCCGAGGACCAGGCACAGGGCUGCUUCGUGGGCAUCCCAUCCACGACAGACAGACAAGCACGUCAGUCAGUCUGGGGGGCCCAGCAGCUUCCCUGUUCGUUCGUUCACCUGACAGAAUUGGGCGAGGCGUUGAGCCAGAAGGCUUGCCUGUUGAUCCACACACACACACACACACACACACACACUGUUACUUCCCUCAAUGAGCAGCCGUCAUGCCGUACCAGAAUCCCCCCGAUGACGUGAACUUGACCCGUGCCUCGUAGUAGCCAAAUCCCAUCGACUCCUUGGUCACAACCCCCCCCACGUCAAACUCUAUGUGCUUGCCGUCUUUCUCGUACGGCUGCUCCCGGUGCGUCAUCCUGAGAUGGAGCUGCCCGUCCUGCACCCACACUUGAUCCGGCGUCCGGCAGGCCGCCCUAGGGCACUCGUCAAGCAGUGUCCAUCGGCCGUGGAUGUCGGCAAGCGAACCCUCAAAUUGCUCGUCGAAGGCCAGGGGGAGCUCGCCGGUGGCUGCACAACACGGGCAGACACAGACAAGGAUCAAGGAAUUCGCCUGUGUGCCUGGCUGUCUGCCUGUCUGCCUGUCUGUCUGUCCUUCGUGUGCUGUGUGUCCGCAUACGAUUGCAGAUGAGCUUUUGCGAGAUGUCUUGCGCUUUACAGAGAGCUAUCAGCAGCAGCAGCAGCAGCAGUAGCAGGCCGCCAAACAGGUGCAUUUCGAGAUCCGCCAACCGUCAAAAGCUG